UUGACCCGUUUUGCCUCCGCCGUAUUUCAAGUCCCACUCUGGUCGUGGAUCCGUCCAAAACUCCACUUUGUUGUCUGCCCAGGCCUUCAGAGACCAGAAGACCAGCGACUCCAUCAUGCACGUGAGCUCCGUAGUGGUCUACGCCUCGGUGCUGCUGCUGCUCUCGUCCGUGGAGCUGAGGAGAGCCGGAAGGGGCCGAGGACUCAGGGGGGCCAGACACAAGCUGGCACGGGACAGGAUGCGAGGUGCUGGCCGUCACAGCAGAUCAGACCACCCCAAACCGGGCAACUGCUCAGAAUCUUCAGGGUCCGACGGUGUCCUUGUGGACUGCCAGGACCGCUACCUCACCUCCAUCCCCGCCUCGCACACCUGGUCCAAAGCACCACAGAUCCUCCUCCUAGCCCACAACAGAAUCAAAGUCCUUCGCGACGGGGCCUUCGCCGGCUACCAGAGUCUGACCAGCCUGGACUUGCAACAGAACCACAUCUCGCUGGUGGAGGAGGACGCCUUCCAGGGUCUGACUGGACUCACCAGCCUGCUGCUGCAGCACAACCGUCUGACCACUCUGAGCGAGGAAGCCAUCAUCGCCAUGUCCAACCUGCGCUUCCUGCGCCUCUACGACAACCCCUGGCACUGCCGCUGUCAGAUGGACAGUCUCAUCCAGACCCUGCAGGUCCCCAGCAACCGACAUCUGGCCAACCAUGCCAGGUGUGCUCAGCCCAUCUGGCUGAAAGGGAAGAAGCUGAAGCGGGUCGACCCAGAGUCGCUCUGCAAGGAACCGGACUCGGCCGGCCGGCCUCAGGGCGACCAGACGGACCCGGCGCACCCCGGCGAGCCCAGUCCCUUUCAGGGCAAAGCGGACGCCACCACAUCCUGCCACACCUACUACUUCCCUCAAGUGCGCCUGGACUGCAGCAACAGAGGACUGACGGAGGUUCCCGUGGGCGUUCCUGAGGACGUGGUCCACGUGGACUUGUCCCACAACAACAUCCGACACCUCAAAGCCAAAAGUUUCCAGGGAUUAAAGAGUCUGAAAACCUUGAACAUCAGCCAUAACAACAUGGAGCGCAUCGAUACAGCCUCCCUGUCGGGACUCCUGCACCUCCACCAGUUGGACCUGGCAGGAAACGGCCUGCAUUUCAUCCAGCACGGCGUGCUAGAGGACCUCUACUUCCUGUCCAAGCUGAAGCUGGAGGACAACCCGUGGGUGUGCGACUACAGCAUCCACUACAUGGUGUACUGGCUGCACCUGCACCCGGGGGUGAAGCACACGGGGCUGCUGUGUCGCUCGCCCCUCCAGCACACGGGCGAGAGCGUGCAGGACUACGUGCGCUCCUACAACCGGGGGUGUCCCAGGGACAAGCAGGAGAGCCAGCGGGAGCCGCUCCCGGCCGAGCCCCUGCACUGGGGCUCCUCGCUGGAGGUGCAGGGGGAGCCGGAGGAGGAGGUGGAGCCCCAACACUUGAGGCGGCCUCAGAAGUAUCAGAUUUUUAGACUGUCCUAUUAGGUUAGUGCCUUCCCUUUCUUCUUGUCAAUAGUCUGUAUCAGAUGAAGAAGUCCACAUGGGAAUGAUCUGCAUUCUUAUGUAUAUAUUCUUUGAAGAACUUUUUGGACUAUUCUGUUUCUAUUCAAACAAUAAAUACACUCACUUUA